CAGCGCUCUUUGGCAUAAUCUGCUGAUUCCAAGGUUGUGGACUCCGAUUAAAAGGCCCUGAAAUUUUUCGUAUACUUGAUUUCGAUUGAACUAGGGCUUUCCUAAUGGUUAAAAUGCCGCGACACGAUGCUGGAGACAGCUUCCUGAAGCGCGAGAAGAACACCCAGGAGGUGGUGGAGAAUGUGAUCGGCGAGUUGAAGAAGAUCUACAAAAGCAAGCUGCUGCCGCUGGAGGAACAUUACCAGUUCCAUGACUUCCACUCCCCGAAGCUGGAGGACCCGGACUUCGAUGCCAAGCCCAUGAUCUUGCUGGUUGGCCAGUACUCCACGGGCAAGACCACCUUCAUUAGGUAUCUGCUGGAGCGUGAUUUUCCCGGCAUUCGGAUCGGUCCGGAGCCCACCACAGACCGCUUCAUAGCCGUGAUGUAUGACGAUAAGGAGGGCGUCAUCCCCGGCAACGCCCUUGUCGUGGACCCCAAGAAGCAGUUCCGUCCUCUCUCCAAGUACGGAAACGCCUUCCUGAACCGCUUCCAGUGCAGCACCGUAGCAUCACCAGUGCUGAAUGCCAUCUCCAUUGUGGACACGCCCGGAAUUCUGUCCGGCGAGAAGCAGCGCAUCGAUCGUGGCUAUGACUUUACAGGUGUUUUAGAAUGGUUCGCGGAACGCGUGGACCGUAUUAUCCUGCUCUUUGACGCUCACAAGCUGGACAUUUCGGACGAGUUCCGGCGGUCCAUCGAGGCGCUCAAGGGCCAUGACGACAAGAUCCGCAUCAUCCUGAACAAGGCGGACAUGAUUGACCACCAGCAGCUGAUGCGCGUCUAUGGAGCCCUUAUGUGGUCCCUGGGCAAGGUGCUGCAGACGCCCGAGGUGGCUCGAGUCUACAUUGGUUCUUUCUGGGAUCAGCCGUUGCGCUUCGAUGCCAACCGUCGCCUGUUCGAGGACGAGGAGCAGGAUCUGUUCAGGGAUCUUCAAUCGCUGCCGAGGAAUGCAGCCCUCCGAAAGCUGAAUGAUCUGAUCAAGCGGGCGCGUCUGGCCAAGGUGCACGCCUUCAUCAUUUCGGAGCUGCGCAAGGACAUGCCGUCGGUGUUCGGCAAGGACAGCAAAAAGAAGGACCUAAUCAAGAACCUCGGCCAGAUCUACGACCGCAUCCAGAGGGAGCACUCCAUCUCGCCUGGCGACUUCCCCGACAUCAAGAAGAUGCAGGAGGUACUGCAGCACCAGGACUUCACCAAGUUCCACUCGCUGAAGCCCCAUCUGCUCGACAUCGUCGACAACAUGCUAGCCAAGGACAUUGCCCGUCUGAUGGAGAUGAUCCCCCAGGAGGAGAUGACGCUCGUCACCGAGCCCGUGGUCAAGGGUGGUGCCUUCGAGGGAGUCAUUGACGACCAUGUCUCACCAUUCGGCUACAUGAAGGGCGAGGGAAUCGAUGCCGGUUGCGGUGAGCACGACUGGAUCUGCAACAAGGACAAGCCUCGCACGGACGGAAUCUUCAACGGGCUGGGUCCCGUCGAUGGCAAAAUUUCCGGUUCUACUGCCAAACAAGAGCUCAUCAAAUCGAAACUGCCCAACUCGGUGCUCAGCAAGAUCUGGAAACUGUCGGACGUCGAUGGUGAUGGUUUCCUGGACUCUGACGAAUUCGCCCUGGCCUUGCACUUAAUCAACGUCAAGCUGGAGGGCUGCGAGCUGCCCACUGUGCUGCCAGAGCACUUAGUACCACCGUCGAAACGCUACGAAUAGUUCCCUGUUAUAUAUAUAUAUUAUUCGCUCGAUCACACAGCCACAACCACAACCACAAAAUACACCCCCACCAAGACCUACAAAAUAACACUAACUGAUAACCCCCCACAACACGAAAACACAAAUCUAAUGGAGACCAACUCCUAGGAUGCACUCUGUUCGAUUUGUUUUAUAAUUCUAACACAAAACGGGCCGCCUGCCUUUUUAUAUGUACUAUACUCGUUGUGAACGCGCUAAGCUGGGUAUUAAAACACACACACGCACCAUAAGAUAUAGAAUCAAUCAUAAAUUCGUAGAAUUUACAACACAAUGUAGCAUAUUUUUUGAUAAUUGAUUGUAAAUCUAGAACGAAGAGUGCCGGAUGCAGAGGAGGAGUUAGCCUAGUGGAUUAAGACAAGCGGAUUGUGUGUGUUAGGCCCCCAAAAAUAAUGUCGUUGUUGACUUAAGAAGAGUGUAAUGAAAGUGAAUUGAUUGUUCAAUGCCAAUGAAAAAGCAUGAAGUUAAAAACUGUAUACAAUAUUUAGGUUUAAAGUCGAUGUGCAGCCUGUGAGGUCAUCAUUUUUCAACCGAACCACUUUUGAUACACACUAGUAGUAUAUUAAUGUGAAAGAUUGAAGUUUAAUGCUGUGCUAUGUGGGCGAAGGCAUAUUGUAUUUCCUGUAUUUAUUUUGCAAAGCUAUUUAACUGUUGGUAGAGCUCCUCUAAUUGCCGAUUGGAGACAAAUAACGUGCAAUUGAAAUUUGAUUUUUUUUUAGUGAAAACUAUUGCCUGUGCUUCGACUAUCUUUUAAUAAUUUAGUGAAUUCUUGAAUAUUAUUAAAUGUGAAAUUGAAACUGAUUUAUAAUUGUAUAAAACCAAUAAAAUGAACAAUUUUGGA